UUUGAAUUUUCAGGGUCUUGAUUUUAGAGUUUUGCUAGAUCCUGUUGUGUAGUUUGGGCAGUGAAAUUUUCUGUUGUCAAAGUGAAACCCAAUGUGACUUGUUUACUGUUUUGUGUUAAUAUGCAAUCCAGUGAGGGAUUUUGUGAGCGAAGAAAAAAAGAGCAGCCUGUUUGAAUUUAGGGUUCUGUAGGAGAUGGGAGGGGCUUAGAAACUAGCUGUUUGCAGUUUAAACCUGAUGAAAGUGAGGUUUUGCCAAGGCAAGACAUUGUGGAAAAUAAAGGGGAUGAUCUGAAGCUAAUGGUUCUUGAUUUAAACGAAGAGCCGUUAGUGUGUUCUUUGAAAGAGGUUGAAUUUGAGAAAAAAGAGGGAUUGGUGGAGGUUAAUGAAGAUGAUAAAGAAGACAGUGUGAAGAAAAAUGCCAAGGAGGAAGGCUUAGAAGGUGAAGUGCAGUUUUCUGGCAGGGUUUUAAGGUCGAGGUCUGCAGUCAAGAAUCUGAGUGUGAUUGAAGGUGACAAGGUUGAUAAAACUGAGGAUGACAGUAGUUCUGAAAUGAAAACAACUGAGGUGGUUAAGGAGGGGAAUGAUCUGUCUCAUACUGAAGUGAAUGAUGUGCAGAGAAAGGUGGGUAAGAUGGGAAAGCGUAAGCGUGGGAGACCGCCCAAGUUGCUGGAUAAGGGGAAUGAUCAGUCUCAGUGUGAAGUGAAGGAUGUGCAGAGUAAGGUGGGUAAGAUGGGAAAGCGUAAGCGUGGGAGACCGCCCAAGUUGCUGGAUAAGGGGAAUGAUCAGUCUCAUAGUGAAGUGAAGGAUGUGCAGAGUAAGGUGGGUAAGAUGGGAAAACGCAAGCGUGGGAGACCACCCAAGUUUCUGGUGAAGAAUGGGUCUGAGAAGAAGACACCUGAGCUGAAAGUACAAGAGAAUGAUUACCCAGAUGGUAAAGUGAGGAAGGAGCUCAAGCGCAAGCGUGGCAGACCACCUAAGGUACUAGGCAAUGGUGGGUCUGUAAAGAAAGGAUUUACAAUAAAAGCAGUGGAAAGUGAUCAUGUUGAUGGGGAUGUAAGUAGGCAGUCAAAGCGUAAGCGUGGAAGACCAAGGAAGGUACCAGAGAAUAGUGGAUUUGAGAAGAAUGAAAUUAAUGUGAAAGCAGAUCAGAGUAAUCAGCUUGAUGGUGGUGGCAUUAAUAAGUCAAAUCAUAAACGUGGGCAUGGGAGACCAAUGAAGGGACAGAAGAACGAGGGGGUUAACAAGGAAACAGAUGAGAUUAAAGCAAGAGAGAGUUACUCUGUUGAGACAAGGAAGGAAGCAAACCACAAGCAUGAUGUACCACCCAAGAUGAAUGUCAAUGAUGGCUUUGAGAUGAAACCUGUUGAUGUGGAAAUGGGAGAGGGCAAUCACUUUGAUUGUGAGUUAAGGGAGGAGGUCAAUCAUAAAUGUGAAAGACCACCUAAAAUGAAGGGCAGUGAUAGGAGUGAUCAAUGUAAUAGCAAGGUAAAGGAAGGUAUGAUCCGUAAGCGUGGAAGACCACCCAAGCUGCAGGCUGGUAGUAAGGGUUUGAAGAGUAGGCUUAUAGAUGGGAGAAAAAAGUUGGGUGGGCUAAGAAGAGGCAGAAAAAAGUUGAGAGGGAGGUUAAAGUUUAACAUUCCUAGUACUUCAUUGUCAGAGAAGAAACUGAUUGCAAAAGAUUCAAAUCUUAAGAGGUUUCUAUCUGCUAAUAAGGAUAUAUUUGAUGAUAUGGAAAAGAAUGAUGGAAAGGCUUCACUAAUGGUAAGACCUAAGGCUCUAAAUGCAGAAGGCAGUGAAAACCAGGUAAAGAAAGCAAGGGCUGAAGGGAAAUGGAGAAGGUCAGAAGCAAAACAAGCUCUGAGAGAUAGAAUAGUGAAUCUGCUGAAAGCAGCUGGUUGGAAAAUUGAUUACAAGCCUAGGAAUAAUAAAGAGUACAAUGAUGCAGUGUAUGUUAAUCCUGAAGGAAAGACUCACUGGUCAGUUACCUUGGCAUACAGGGUGCUUAAAAGCUAUUAUGAGAAUGGUGGUUGUGACUCUAAAGUUGGUCCAAAUGAUUUCAUAUUUACUCCAAUUCCUGAAGAAGAACUUAGCAUCCUAAAAAGAGUAGUUCUAAAGAAAAGGGUUAGAAAAAAGAUGCCAAAAGGGGAAGAUGAUGAUAAAGUGGAUGAUGGACAAGUUCAAAAUAAAAUGAAUAAACAAAAGAGGAAAUGGAAAGACAUUAAGAAAAAGAAAAAGAAAAAACAGAAGGUGCUCAAAGAGAAGCUUCCACGUCAUGAAGAGGAAAACUCUGAUGGUACAUUACAAAGGGGAACACAAGUCUCAAGCAGGAAGCAUAAGUUACAGCAGACACAAAAGAGAAAGCGGUAUGCUUUGCUGGUUCGUAACUCAAUGGAUGGAGCUGAAUCUGAUAAUAAUGGCUAUGUUCUAUAUGAUGGAAAGCGAACUCUGCUUUCUUGGAUGAUUGAUUUGGGCACUGUUCCACAGAAUGGGAAGGUGGAAUAUUUGGUUCAAAGAAGAACACGAACUCGUGAGAGUAAGGCUGGUAGGAUAACUAGGGAUGGCAUCCAAUGCAACUGUUGUAGUGUUGUCUUCACCAUUGCAGAAUUUGAAACUCAUGCAGGCAAACCCUGUCAACCUUUUCUGAAUAUAUGUUUAGAAACAGGAGUUCCCCUCUUGCAAUGCUUAUUAGAUGCAUGGAACAAACAACAGCAGUCUGAAUGUAGGGGCUUCCAUUUUGUCGAUUUUGGUGGUGAAGACCCAAAUGAUGAUACCUGUGGUAUCUGUGGGGAUGGUGGUGACUUGAUCUGUUGUGAUAGUUGCCCAUCAACAUUCCAUCAAAGUUGCUUAGAUAUAGAAGCAUUUCCUUCAGGUAACUGGAAUUGUGUGUACUGUACAUGCAAAUAUUGUGGGAUGGUUGGAAAUACAUAUCAAAGGGCCAAAACUGAGGAUAUGAGUUCUACAGUUCUAACAUGCCAUUCAUGUGAAGAAAAAUAUCAUGAACCAUGUAUUCAGCCAAUGGAUGCUUUUGAUGAUGAUUCAAGUAGUGCAUUCUUUUGUGGGAAGAGAUGCAAAGAGUUGUUUGAGAGACUUCAGAUGCUAGUUGGGGUUAAACAUGAACUGCAAGAAGGCUUCUCAUGGACUCUUGUUCAGCGCUUUGAUAUCACUUCAGAUGUUUGUCUUAAUGAAGCAUAUCAAAAGGUUGAAUCAAAUUCAAAGCUAGCUGUUGCAUUAUCUGUGAUGGAUGAGUGCUUUUUGCCUCUUGUUGACCACAGAAGUGGGAUCAAUCUGAUUCAUAAUAUUGUCUAUAAUUUUUGGUCAAACUUCACUAGGCUAAACUACAGUGGUUUUUACACUGCAAUUCUAGAAAGGGGGGAUGAGGUCAUCUCUGCAGCUUCCAUCAGGAUCCAUGGAAACCAGUUAGCUGAGAUGCCUUUCAUUGGCACCCGGUAUGCUUAUAGGCGUCAAGGGAUGUGUCGCCGGCUUCUUUGCGCAAUUGAAUCUGCCCUAAGAUCCCUGAAUGUUGAGAAAUUGGUCAUACCUGCAGUCCCAGAACUCAAGGAAACAUGGACUUCUGUCUUUGGUUUCCAACCACUAGAAACUGUAAGCAAGCCAAAGAUGAGGAACAUGAAUAUACUGGUCUUUCCAGGUGUAGAUAUGUUAGAGAAACCAUUGCUGACACAUGUUAUGGAGGAGCAGAUAAUGGGUGAGGUGUCCGAUAAAUCUGUAGAGAAGUGUUCAGUUGUGUUUGAUUUGAAUGUUUCUGCUGAGAGCCCUGCACCUGAAACAGAUGAUAGAAAUGAUGAACCUGCUGUUGUCGAGUCUACAAUGCACUUCCUGAAUGCAUCUUGAAAUGUACUUCUGAUGUAAUGGCUGAGACUGUCAAUUUUCCAGAGAAUGCUACUGUUUCUUCCUCUUUCAUUCCAGCACCUGAAGAAAGCAAGCUGGAAGUUGACUCUCAAAGCAUAUAUUCAGAGGAGAAAGCUGAUGACAGCAUUGUUAAACAGAACCUUGAUUCUAACCAUGCUGGUUCUGACAAUAUUGUCCAUGCUGACAAUGAAGUGGCAGUUCCUGUACAAGUGUCAAAGGAUGCUGGUAAGGAUGUUGUUACUAACUGCUUUCAUGGUACAGUUCAGAUGUCUGAGGAAGCAAAUGGCAUCAAGCAUCAUGAAAAUUCUAAACUAGAGAUGGUAGAAUGUGUUUCUGAUUUUGUUAAGACAGUCGUUCAGUCUGAAGAAGCAAAAAUUUGCCUUGCUAUUGCUGAAGAAGCGACCAACCAAACUUCUCCAUCAACUACCCUAGGUGCUCAGCAUGCUGCAAAUGGCCAUUAUGAUGUUGCAACUGAUGACAGUAAAAGUGGCCCUUCCAGACAGGGAGUCAAGAUGGAUGCUUCUGGAGAAGUCUCGGCUACAAUUGAUGUAAAUUCUAUUACUUACGAGGUUUGCAAUGAUACUUCGAGAGAGAAAAAUGUGCAGCAGCGCAUGUGCAAGUCCGCAGAGGUUGUCUCAGCUGGUUCUGAGGUUUGCCAUGACUAACAUGCAUGAUCAGAGAAACAUCAACUGCAACAGUCUGAUAUCUGAAAAGGUAAUAUAGUUACUAAUAUGGCUCAGGUGAAUGCCAAAUCUCCUGAGCACCUCAUAUUGAGUUCUCAAGUUGACCGCUAUUAUGGUUCUUAACUCAUUCUAAUUCUGGAGUGGCUCUUAACCGUGCAUCUGUGAGGAAUGAAUCACACGCAAAACUGAGGUGAUGUUUUUGUCUAAAUUGAGCUCCCUUUUUCCGUUAUAUCCUGUUGAGUUCAGAUGUCUCCUUUUGAAUAGCAGCUACUCAUUAAGGUGCUAGAUAUCUGUAUGGUUAGUAUAGAAAUUUUGAUGAUGCGAAUUACGGAAGAUGGAUCCAUGGCAGACAAGCUUUAGGGAUGCAAAUGGUAAUUCUUUUAGCUAUAUGUACAGUAUAGGGCAAUAGUAUUCUCUAGAGUAGCUUCACGCCAUCAAGGUUUUCCUUUUUCUCUUCAUUUUGUAUAUUUGGGCCUUUUCAUGCACUUUGUUGAAUGCAAGUUUCCAUCGUUGAGCUCUA